AUGUUGAGAGGUGCAAUAAGCCACAACUGUUCUAAAAUGUGGACCAAGUGGAUUUGUGUGUUGCUUGUUGUGCUCAACUUGCAACCAUCAGUGUUGGGAGUCCCUAAGUACUGUAAACUGGAGCCAGACCCUGGUCCAUGUGAAGCAGCCAUGCCUAUGUUCUACUACAACCCAUCCACAAACGCAUGUGAAGAGUUCAUCUACGGGGGCUGUUGGGGAAACAGAAACAGAUUUGAAACAAAGAAAACUUGUGUCUACACUUGCGCUAAGUACUGUCUACUGGAUCCAGAGCCUGGUCAAUGUGAAGCCCUCGCGCCCAGGUUCUACUACAACCCGUCAACUAACGACUGUGAAGAGUUUAACUAUGGCGGCUGUGGGGGAAACAAAAACAGAUUUGAAACAAAGGAAAACUGUGUCGACUCUUGCGGUUGUGCUGCUGCUAAUUAUAAAAUUACUUUGCGGAGAUCAGCUAACACAAGAAACAACUUUUGUAAAAUGUUGUCUAAGGCGGUUUGUGUUUUACUUAUUGCGUUCAUCAUCCAACUUUCAGCGGGGGAUCGCCCGUCGGACUGUCAAUUACAGCCAAAUAAAGGCCGAUGUUAUGGCUACUUCCUCAGAUACUACUUCAACCCAUCAUCUGGAAGAUGUGAUACAUUUAUCUUCGGCGGUUGUUUAGGAAAUAAAAACAACUUCAUAACAAGGAAGAAAUGUAUGGAAACUUGCGGGCGCAAUUAGGCAGGAAGAAAGUUUCCAGUGUCAUAUGUUCAUUUCAAUGUAUGUGUACGACGCUGUCAUAUAUUGAUGGUACUGUUAAAUAUAAAAAUCGCAUACGAAUGUUACUGUCAUAUUAUCUAAUAUGGUUGUAAAAUAAACAUA